UAUAACACAAGGCCGCAGCCCUGCAUUGCAGUGUUAGGAAAACAACGUCGUCGGUAAACUUUCAAGCAUUCUAAAGAGGACGAACAGAACGGUGGAGUCAUGCUGGUUUUUGCCCUCCUUUUCGUCUCGUCAGCUGUGGCCACCCCUCUCCUGGGUACAGAGCAGUGUGCUCGCGGCGCCCCCUACUGGUGUCAGAACGUGAAGACGGCCUCCCUCUGUGGAGCGGUGGCACACUGCCAGAAGAACGUGUGGAGCCAGCCUCAGAUGAAAUCGGUGCCAUGUGACCUGUGUAAGGAGGUGCUGGUUGUGGUGGAGCAGCUUCUGAAGGACAACAAAACUGAGUCUGAGAUCCUGGGCUACAUGGAGAAGGCUUGCCAGCUGAUCCCAGAUCAGGGUCUGUCUGCGGAGUGUAAGGAGAUGGUAGACAGCUACUACCCCGUCCUCAUCAGCAUCAUCACAGGAGAGCUGGACGACCCUAACGUGGUGUGUGGAGCCAUGGGUCUGUGCCGCUCUCUGCAGUCGGCCAUGGCUGAGCUCCAGAUCCAGACCAACGACAUCCCCCAGAUGGACCUCCCCCAGGUGGACCUCCCCUUCCUCCUCAACGUGCCCCAGCUGCUCUACCCCCAGAAGGAGGCCCCCCAGAAGGAGGCCCCCUCACAGGAGAACGGGGACGUGUGCCAGGACUGUGUGCAGUUCCUGACCGACACCCAGCAGCAGGCCAAGACCAACUCCACCUUCGUCGACAGUCUCAUCGAGCAGAUUGAGAGCCAGUGUGACCUGCUGGGGCCCGGCAUCUCUGACCUGUGUAAGCAGUACGUCAGCCAGUACGCUCCUCUGGUGGUGCAGCAGCUCAUGUCCAUGGAACAGCAACCCAAGGACAUCUGUGCCCGUGUGGGUUUCUGUACCGCCAUGAAGAGGUCUGUGCCCAUGAUGACCCUGGUGGCAGCCCAGGUGGUGCCCUCCGCCCAGGUGGUGCCCUCCGCCCAGGUGGUGCCCUCCGCCCAGGUGGUGCCCUCCGCCCAGGUGGUGCCCUCCGCCCAGGUGGUGCCCUCCGCCCAGAUGAUCCCUGCUACCAAGGUGGACGUUCCCAAGCAUGGCAAGAACAUGGUGCGUGUCCGGGACUCCCCCCAGUGCGCCAUCUGUGAGUUUGUGAUGAAGGAGAUCGAGGACACCCUGGAGGAUGAGACCACAGAGGCGGACGUGAUCCACGCGGUGGAGAAGGUGUGCUCCGUGCUGCCCUCCUCCCUGUCGGCUCAGUGCCGGGACCUGAUCGAGGCGUACGGCCAGGCCAUCAUCGAGCUGCUGGUGCAGCAGGCCGACCCCAAGACCGUGUGCACCGUGCUGGGGCUGUGCAAGGACGCCAGCCGCGCCUACAUCCCGGCGAUGGAGCAGGCCCGCUUCCAGUCAGGCGGCUACUGUGACGUGUGCAAGAUGGCCGUCCGCUACGUGGACGGCAUCCUCGAGCAGAACGCCACCGAGGCCCAGAUCACGGACGCCGUCAGGAAGGUCUGCAGCUUCCUGCCCGAGUCUGUCCGCAGCGAGUGUGACCAGCUGGUGGAGCAGUACGAGCCCAUGCUGGUGCAGUUGCUGCUCCAGAUGUUGGACCCAGACUUCGUCUGCAUGAAGGUGGGAGCGUGUCCAGAGGCAGUGCAGCGCCUGCUGGGUGUGGAGCAGUGCAGCUGGGGUCCAGCCUUCUGGUGUAAGAACAUGGAGACGGCCACGCGCUGCAAUGCGGUGAACCACUGCAAGCGCCACGUGUGGGUGUAGAGGGUGGCUCGGCCAGGAGCACAACCAGGCCACUCGGACCUGGAGGACAAUUAGGGAGAAAUACUGUAACGCUGCUUUCCACUUUUAAAUCGUUUUCUUUUUAAUUUUUUUUUAAAAAUCUUCUAAAGCCGACUGCAAAUUAUGUUUUUGGGACAGUGAAACUGACCAGGAGAUUUCAGUUGAGGGAGAAGUGUGUGUGUGUGACGGGGGGGGCGGAGGUGUCUGGUGGCCAAAUAGAUGUUUUCUCCCAGGACAGGGGCAGGUAGGACCAGGGUUUGUUUUGGCCCAAGUUUGGGUCAGUUUGUUUUAGUUACAACGGCAGGUUGGGCAACCCAACCCAAUCCAAAAAAAAAAAAAAGCAGAUUUGUGUAUCUAUUAGUUGUACUGUAAUGAGUCUCUCUAAUGGGUGUUUUGUUUGUGUACAGUAACUUUCUCUAGCUAUGGUUUCACAUGUGGCUUCCAGGAUGCUAAGGUGCAGAUGGGUUGGAAGGAGGAGCUCAGAUACUCUGAUGGGGUUGAGAGGCAGGCUGCUAGGCUUCCUGCUUAGUUCAGUAUCCUGCAGCAACUCGUCAUCCACCCAGAACCACUCUCUCUUCCCAACAGUUUCAGACACAUUUGUUUUUAAACUAGACUUAUCUUAAUACAAGUUGAUCUGUUUUGUCAAAACUGUUCUGUUUUAACUGAGGUGAGGGAGAGGGAGGGUACAUGUGACCCCCUCAGCACCGGAGGGUAGACCCUCAGCACUGGCUCCCCUGGCUGGAUCCUCACUCUGUCCUGUUUGUGAUUUAUAGCUUCUUGUGUUCUGACACCCACAGAUUCAUAUCUUGAGCCAAUUUGUCAGGUGAUCUAAGUCUUUAACAAAUGAAAUAAAAUCGUCCUAAAUCCGACUUGGUGUGAGUUUUGUGUUCAGAAUUUCUGUAUUUUGGUUUCUGGUGGAAUAAAUGUAAUUUCAUUUUCGAAAAA